AUGGAGAUAGAGUCACCGCAAACCUCUCAUGAGCACAUCCUUAAGCGCGUAUCCCGAGCUUGUUUGCACUGUCGACAGCGCAAAUCACGGUGCGACCUUGACAGUAACGGCAAUCCGGGUAAGCCGCCUUGCCAGCGAUGUGUUCGCGAACACCGCGAAUGUGUGCUUGGAGGCUCUAAUCGUGGCGGACGCCGAAUCCGCAAGAACAAGAUAAAGAACUUUACUCCAACCAUCCCCUCACCAAAUAAGAAUAGGAAUUCAGACACAUCUAGCCCGACAGACUUAGAACCCGUUCGCCGUCCUUCUGCGUCGUAUCCCGGGCCGGUGGUCUUUGUCUCGCCGAACCAUCCCUCGGCUUCUGCUGCAGCUGUGGAAGAAGAUGACGCUUCAAUUGGAUCGGUCCCGCGAAACCCUUCCGAUGCUUGGCAGUGCUUGACAGGUAUCGCCGACGGGCGAGCUGAUCGUGCGCAGUCGGGAUCUGACGGCUUCUCGGCUUAUAACGGCCUACGUAAUUCCAUUUCCCUGUCGGAUUUCAACGUCCCUAGCACUGGCAUCAGAGCUUAUCGGCUGGUUCAAUCCCGAUCUCUUGAUUCUGAUACGGUGUGGCUGCUGAUCACCCGCUACGCGGAGAAUUUCCAUCCAUAUCUCCCAUUGGUUCCGCGCAAGUACUUCGACCGCGCUACUCUCAAUGAAUUUGCCAAUAAUGACAAGUACUUACUCACUGCAGUCUUAACAGUCGCAUCGAAGGAUGUCGUUGAACGGCCAGAGAUCCACGAAUUCUGUUCAAAGUAUAUGCUAGAACUGAUCUCGGCCAUAUCUGCCGGGGCCGACUGUGAUGUGGAUGCUGUUGAAGCUCUCCUUUUGCUGGCAGAAUGGGAGCCGCAGGGUCUACGAUCAAGUAUCGAGCGGGUUGGACGCGGGGAAGAAGAUCGAGCUGCUUGGAUGCAUGUUGGGCUAGCUUUAAGGUCUGGCUAUUUUAUGGGUCUAGAUCGGACAUCUUUCCGUGGAGAUCAAUAUGGUGAUCAGGCUACUGAAGCUCGUCGGAGACUGGCUUGGGCUAACUGCUAUGUUUCUGAUCGACUCAUUUCAGUAAGGAUCGGUCGCGCAUUCUGGUCGCGCGGUCCGGGUCCUAUGACUGGCCUUGUUAGCCAUGAUUUCCCAUCGCUACAGCCCAUCAAGGAGGGAGAUGAGGAUUACUCUAAGAUUCUUCAGGCCCAGUUAGAUCUAACCCAGCUUUAUGGCAAUGUCCAUGAGGUUUUGUACUCUGGCAUGCGCGCGAGUAGUCAGAUGAUGCUGAUGGGAGAUUAUGUGAAAUAUGUCGAUGACUUUCGCCUGGCCAUCUUGCGAUGGAAAUCUCUUUGGGGACCUCUGGAUUGCUCGGCACCAAUGCGUGCAACUCUCCAAUUAUCCUACGAAUACCUGCGCCUUUACACAACUGCUUUCGCGUUCCAGGCUGCGAUCUCUCAGUCUCUGGCGAAGCCGAAAGCUGACGGGAUUUCCCACAGAGAUCAACUCAUCAGCACCUUCAAGAACGUGGCUUCAAUGCCAGAUUCUAGAUUUAUUUAUGAAUCUGUCGAUGCGGCGAAGGCGUAUCUGACUAUUCUCGUUGACAAUGUAGAUCCAGAGAAGCAUUUGCAUUUCAUGCCACUGCGCUUCUAUCUAUACGGAAUCUAUUCAGCAGUUUUCCUUUAUAAGGCCCGUUCUUUCGGCAUGAUGGUUCCUUCAGAAGAGGCAAAGGUCCAAGGCUUAGUUGCUCGAACCACAGAAGUCCUCAGACAAUCAAGCGCCGGCCCAGAUGAUAUCGGAUCACGCUACUCCCGUCUAUUAGAACUUCUGUGGAAGCCAAAGACAUCCACGGCGGUACCCUCGGCUGCAGAAACGCCACCGACAAAUGGCUUCGCCUUGCGAACAGCCCUCACAAACCCAGUCACAGACCCAAUCACAGACCCAGUCGACGCGUACAUGGAUUUCAGUCCUGCGAACGACUUCUCAUGGCUGGAUUUAGAAGCAGUGGGCGACUAUGUGUCCGGAGAUCCAAUAUCGGGCGGCCUGCUAGGAUUGGACGCAUUCCAAAACAUGGCUGAUUCCUUUCAACCUGGGGCGCAAAAUUGGCAACCAUCCUCAUGGCUAGGAGAUAUCAGCACCAACCUUCUCUUUUAG